CACGGCGGCUCCCCGACCUGCCGCGUCCUGCGGGCGGCGCUGGGCUCCGGGCACUCGGGCUGCGCCCCCAUGGCCUCGCCCGCGGGGAACCUGAGCGCGUGGCCGGGCUGGGGGUGGCCGCCGCCGGCCGCGCUGAGGAACCUGACCUCCUCCCCGGCCCCGACCGCGUCCCCGUCCCCGGCCCCGUCGUGGACGCCCUCGCCGCGCCCCGGCCCCGCGCACCCGUUCCUGCAGCCGCCCUGGCGCGUGGCGCUCUGGUCGCUGGCCUACGGCGCCGUGGUGGCCGUGGCGGUGCUCGGCAACCUCGUGGUGAUCUGGAUCGUGCUGGCCCACAAGCGCAUGCGGACGGUCACCAACUCCUUCCUCGUGAACCUGGCCUUCGCCGACGCCGCCAUGGCCGCGCUCAACGCGCUGGUCAACUUCAUCUACGCGCUGCACGGAGAGUGGUACUUCGGCGCCAACUACUGCCGCUUCCAGAACUUCUUCCCCAUCACCGCCGUGUUCGCCAGCAUCUACUCCAUGACGGCCAUCGCGGUGGACAGAUACAUGGCCAUUAUUGACCCCCUGAAGCCCAGGCUGUCUGCCACGGCCACCCGGAUCGUCAUUGGAAGCAUCUGGAUUCUGGCAUUUCUACUUGCAUUUCCUCAGUGUCUGUAUUCCAAAAUCAAAGUCAUGCCAGGCCGUACUCUUUGCUACGUGCAGUGGCCAGAAGGUUCAAGGCAACAUUUCACGUACCACAUGAUCGUCAUCGUCCUGGUGUACUGCUUUCCUUUGCUCAUCAUGGGCAUCACCUACACCAUAGUUGGAAUCACGCUCUGGGGAGGGGAGAUCCCAGGAGACACCUGCGACAAGUACCAGGAGCAGCUGAAGGCCAAGCGGAAGGUUGUAAAAAUGAUGAUCAUCGUUGUGGUGACCUUUGCCAUCUGCUGGCUGCCCUAUCACAUCUACUUCAUCCUCACCGCCAUCUAUCAGCAGCUGAACAGGUGGAAAUACAUCCAGCAGGUCUACCUGGCCAGCUUCUGGCUGGCCAUGAGCUCGACCAUGUACAACCCCAUCAUCUACUGCUGUCUGAAUAAGAGAUUUCGUGCUGGCUUCAAGAGGGCCUUCCGCUGGUGCCCUUUCAUCCACGUCUCCAGCUACGACGAGCUGGAGCUCAAAGCCACCAGGCUCCACCCAAUGCGACAGAGCAGCCUAUACACAGUGACAAGAAUGGAGUCCAUGAGCGUGGUAUUCGACUCCAACGAUGGGGACAGUGCCAGGUCCAGUCACCAGAAGAGAGGGACGACCAGAGACGUAGGCUCCAAUGUCUGCUCCCGCAGGAACUCCAAGUCCACCUCCACCACAGCCAGCUUCGUGAGCUCCUCCCACAUGUCGGUGGAAGAAGGCUCUUGAUUUCUCUCUGGGGUCAAGGCCACUGCAGGCACCCCUUCUCCUGUCACUGCUGCUGUCUCUCACUCUCUGGAAGCUGAAGGACAGUUUUUAGACAGCUACGCUUACAAUAAGACAGAUUGCACAUAAAUAUAACAAAAAUACUACUAAGAUAUGAGCUCUCCCCCCAAAAAAAGAACAAAAUGGGCUUUAAGAGUAUGCCUUGAAAACUCUAAAUUAUUAAUAUGAUACAAACAAAAAUAUAGAUCCGAGAAAUAUUUAUAAAGUGUCCAGUUUUGCUUAUUUAAAAGUCACUGUGCACAUUUGUGACACUGAU